AUGGGUUGUUUUCUUGGAUGUUUUGGGGGAGAGAAGGAUCGGAGGCGCCGGAGACGGAGGCUUAGUCGUGGCAGUCCCCAGAGACAAAGAAACCGAGUUGAGAAUGUUCACCGGCACAAAACAGUCGUAUCAGAACAACAAAUCAAAGAGAAUGUUACCAUAUCAGAACAACCAAUCAAAGAGACUGUCACGGUAUCAGAACAACUGGCCAACGAGUUGCAAACGAAAACCGAGGCAGUGGAGCAAAGAAGUCCGAGCUCGAGCCCAAGCCCAAAGAAAAAAGUUACGUUUAACUCGAAUAUCACGACAUACGAGCAUGUCCAGGUCCAUGACAGCAUCGAGUCUCUGCCCGAGUGCCCUGAAAAUAUCGAGAAGGAGAAAGAAGUACGCGAAUGCUCGAAAACAUCAAGCCAAUCAAAUUCUUCGGUAUCAUCAGAAGCUAAUUCCGAAAUAUCCAGCUUGUUCUCAUACCCUCCAAGUCACAGGUAUCACAAUGCGAGGGACAGUGAUGAUGGUGAAGAUGAGGAGUAUGGUGAUAGUGAUUUGGACGAUGAUGAUGAUGACUUGGACGGAGAAUAUGACGAAGAUGAUGGUUAUGAUGAGGAUAUUUAUGCCAAAAUGCCUGUCCAUGACAUUUGGUCUGAACCCGUUUUAACCGAAUCAGUUGAGUCGAGGAGAGGAAAAAACCCAUUUUCACUAGCCGUUGAUGAAGAAGUAGAGAGUAGUCCUAUUGUAGUACCUCCUGGAUCAAAAGGCAACGCCCGUGAUAGAAGUGAUUAUAUUAAUUCGGUGCUCAACCCUGUGGAGAAUACUGCUCAGUGGAAAGUUGUGAAGUCAUCAAAAGGGACUACUAAUCUGUUGAGGCCUCUUCCUCCCCAGAAGGAGAAUUUGACUGCUGAUGCGGAUAAUUUUGAGCCGCCUCGUGUGUCUUUAAGCUCGGAACCAACUUUCAAGAACAAAACCGAGCAAUCGAGGAAAAACGGGAAUCGAGAAGUAGUGGCUGUGGAUGCGAGUCUCUCGAACUGGCUGUCUUCGCCCGAAGUCACCCCGCCUAAGAAGAAGACCGGUGAUUUUGGUGGUUUUUUCGAGACGAACAUUUCUGGAAAGAGUCUGUCUGAAGGGCAUAAUUCUGUUAGGAGCUUUGAGGAUCGGCCGAUUUUAGGUGCACUGACGGUUGAGGAGUUGAGACAGAUUUCGGCAACAAACUCCCCGCGAAAGUCUCCUAGUCGAAGUCCGGAUGAGAUGCCCAUUAUAGGCUCUGUCGGGACAUACUGGAACGACUCGAGUUCGAAAAAGCAUUCUGAUUCAUCAUCCUCUUUUAAGGGGGGGAUACCAAACACAACCAACAAGUACAGGGAGGAUAAGAGAGUUAAUUGGUACUCUACACCUUUUGAGGCAAGACUGGAUAGUGCUCUUCUGAGUCAAGGUGCAUCAUAG